CGCUCGCGCCUCCGGCAGCCCCCGCGCCGAAACACCCUGCCCCGGCCAUGCGGUGCAACGGGCGGCCCCUGGGCGUGCUGGCAGCUGUCACCAAAGGGCUCUUUAUCCUCUGGGCGGUGCCGGGCCAAGGGGGGCGGCCCCUGCAGCCCCCGACCCUGCAGCAGAUCCAGGCACUGGUGAGGCACAUGGCCGAGGACGCGCAGGAGCUUUUCACCUUCUAUGAGGAGAACCAGGGCCUGGCCAUCCACCAUCUCUGCCGCACCAACCACCCACCCGAGUGGCUGCGGGGACCAGUGGCGGGGUCUAGGGGGCUGCGGGGGCUGCAGGGGACCAUGGCCCGCAUGUCCCAAGCGCUGCAGGACAUCACCCGGCACCAGCGCGACCUCAACCCUCCUGGUGCUGAAAUCCUUCGCCGCUUGGCCAGCACCCACCUGAAGGUGCGGGGGCUCCUCAGCAACCUUAAGGGGCUCUUCCCAGCCCCCAGCUCCAACCCUGGCCUCCGCCCCCGCCCCACAGCACCCACCAAGGUCUUUCAGCAGAAGCUGGAGGGGUGCCGGAUCCUCUGGAGCUACUCUCGCUUCAUGGCCAAGCUCAAUGCCCAGCUGGAAGCCAGGAGCCGCCGAGCACGACGGGAGAAGCAGAGAUCACACCGGGGCUCACACCUGCCCACUCGCUCCUAGUGUGGCCGCACUGUCAAUG